CUGCUGCUGCCUCCCCAUCGCUGCAGUGCUUUGCUGCUCACCUCUCUUUCUCUCUCUCUCUGUCUCUCUCUGUCUUUCUUUCUUUCUCGCUUUCGUACCCAGCGCCUCGCCUCUUCCUCCUCCUCCGUCUCUUCUACACCCUUCUCCUCCUCCUCUUCCUCCUCCUCCACCCCGCGGAUGUCUCAGGCUUGCACCCCCGGCCAAACACACCGGCAAAUGGUCGCUCCAUUCCCGGCAACUCAGGACGCAGCGGAAAAGGCGCACCGAUCUGUUCUGAUCUGAUCUGAAGCACGCUGCGGAUUGACUUGACAGAGAGGCGGACCAGGGGCAGAGAGGAAACAAGGAGAAGCUGGUCGCUGAUUAGUGGCCAGGAUCACAUUUCGAAAUGCCGGUGCCAGAUCAACCUGCGGACCAGGAGAAGGGAGCCAUGGUUCCCCCUGUGAUGCCAGCCUCCAAUGGAGAAAGAUCUGAGACCGAGACGACCUCCUCCAUCCUCGCCUCUGUAAAAGAACAGGAGCUUCAGUUUGAACGUCUGACAAGGGAACUAGAGGCUGAGCGUCAGAUUGUCGCCACCCAGCUGGAGAGAUGCAAGCUGGGAUCAGAGGCUGGAAGCAUGAGCAGCAUAAGUUCUACUGAUGAGCAAUUUCGCUGGAACGCUCAAGUGGAUGGACACAAGGAUAUUGAAGAUGAGUUGACCACAGGAUUGGAGCUUGUGGAUUCCUGCAUUCGGUCCCUACAGGAAUCAGGAAUACUUGACAGUGGAGAACGACCGGCUCUUCUUUCCCAGAGUUCCUUGCAGCUCAACUCCACCCCUGAGGCUUCGCUCCAGUACUCUGCCAGCUACCAUAGCAACCAGACCCUCGCCCUUAGCGACAGCAUCUCCGCAGCAACUCCUCAGCGCAGCGGGCAGGUUGGAGGAGCCGUGCACAGCUACAACCAGGUGACAUCCAGCCGUGCAGCCCAGCAGCAACAAUCACAAACUGGAGCAGGGUCAGGUAUCUAUUACUCCAGCUCCACCUUACCCGCCCAACGUGUCAGUUCCCCCCUGUCUGGAGGAGGGGGAGGCUCCGGAUCUGGUUCCCCCAGUAAACUCCAACGCCUGGGAUCAGCAUCCGACACACCAGGGUACUCUACUACUCAACGCCUGCCCUCCUCCUCCUCCUCUCCCAGCAAACAAUCUCCUGCUAAUCGACUUGCCAAGUCAUACAGCACUACAGUUGCUGUGACAACUGCAGGAGGGGGUGGGUCUCCCUUGAGGGUAGCAUCUCCACCCAACUCCACAGCAGCAGGGGGAGGGGCCAGCUCAUCACUGUCUCCUCUUCACCAGAUGAGUUCAGGCAUAGGGAGCUAUGCCACACUGUCUCCCAAACGGCUGGCAGCUCACCACGCUUCAGACCAGUACAAGAUCUCCCACGAGCUCUACGCUACAGCUACGCUGCAGAGGCCUGGCAGUCUAGCAGGCUCUCGUGGCUCCUACAGUAGUCAGCACAGUCAAGAGCCCCUUCGGCCCUUGGGAUCCCCAGAGCACCACAUAGAUCCCAUCUAUGAAGAACGUGUCUACCACAACAAGGGCCCCAUGAGGAGUCUCAGCCAAAGCCAGGGGCCCGACACAGGCCCUUAUCGCAACAACACCGACCUGACCCAGCGUGUACAUGACCAGGUCCUAAGUUAUGUCCUCUGUCCCUACUUUCCCACCAUAGCUCCCUCCUCCCCUGGUGUCGACUCCGCCCCUUUGCAGCGCACAGGCAGUCAUGGUACUGCCACAGGAAACUACAGCCGUGGCGGGAAUAACAACUAUGCUACAGUGGGACCAGGUUACACAAGCGGUGGAGGCGGAGACUUGUACGGCUCAGACCCCUAUGUGGCGGACCCCUACCGCACCCUGCAGUACUGUCCCUCGGUGGUGGAAUCGCCCUACAGCAAGUCUGGACCUGCCCUGCCACCAGAAGGCAGCCUGCAGCGUUCCCCUUCCAUUGACUCCAUUCAAAAAGACCCCAGAGAGUUCGGUUGGAGAGAUCCAGAGCUGCCAGAGGUGAUCCAGAUGUUACAGCAUCAGUUCCCAUCAGUGCAGUCCAAUGCUGCAGCAUACCUACAGCAUCUCUGCUUCGGAGACAACAAGAUCAAAGCCGAGAUCCGCAGACAGGGUGGCAUACAGCUGCUGGUUGACCUGCUGGACCACAGGAUGAGUGAGGUUCACCGUAGCGCCUGCGGAGCCCUAAGGAACCUGGUAUAUGGCAAGGCCAACGAUGAGAACAAAAUUGCCCUGAAGAACUGUGGUGGGAUUCCUGCCUUGGUCCGCCUGCUGAGGAAAACUGGAGAUGUGGAAAUUAGGGAGCUGGUCACAGGUGUUUUAUGGAACCUGUCGUCAUGUGAUGCUCUCAAGAUGCCAAUCAUCCAGGACGCCCUGGCCGUUUUGACUAACAGCGUCAUCAUACCCCACUCUAACUGGGACUCCUCUCCGACUCACCAUGACGACAGAAAGCUCCACCUUCAUACCUCCCAGGUGCUGCGCAACGCUACAGGGUGCCUCAGGAAUGUAAGCUCGGCAGGUGAGGAGGCGAGACGGAGGAUGAGGGAGUGUGACGGGUUGACAGAUGCUCUGCUUUACGUCAUCCAGACCUCUCUGGGCAGCAGUGAGAUCGACAGCAAGACUGUAGAGAACUGUGUUUGCAUCCUGAGGAACCUAUCGUACCGCUUGGCUGCCGAGACGUCCCACGGCCAGCAGGGGGGUCUGGAGGAGCUAGACAGCCUGCUUUGUGAUGCCAACGGACGCGACAGCGAGAGCUCUGGCUGCUGGGGCAAGAAGAAGAAGAAAAAGAAGGGAGCUGAUCAGUGGGAUGGCGUGGGCCCCUUUCCAGACACAGCAGAUCCACCCAAAGGGGUUCAGAUGCUUUGGCACCCCACCAUUGUCAAGCCCUACCUCACCCUGCUGUCUGAAUGCUCCAACCCUGACACACUGGAGGGAGCAGCCGGAGCUCUGCAGAACCUGGCUGCAGGCAGCUGGAAGUGGUCGGUGUACAUUCGGGCUGCUGUUCGUAAGGACAAAGGCCUUCCCAUCCUGGUGGAGUUACUGAGGAUAGACAACGACAAGGUGGUGUGUGCCGUGGCCACCGCUCUCCGAAAUAUGGCCCUGGACAUCAGGAACAAGGAGCUCAUCGGUAAGUAUGCCAUGAGAGACUUGAUCCAUCGGUUACCAGGCAGUAGCAGCAGCAGCAACAACAAUGCCACCAGCAGUGGGACCUCCGGGACCACAGGCCCUCCCAGCAAGGCCAUGUCAGACGAUACUGUAACUGCCAUCUGCUGCGCACUACACGAAGUCAUCACCAAGAACAUGGAGAACGCCAAAGCCCUGCGUGACGCUGGUGGGAUAGAGAAACUCAUCGGCAUCGCCCGCAGCAAAGGAGACAAACACUCAGCAAAGGUGGUAAAGGCAGCCUCUCAGGUCCUCAGCAGUAUGUGGCAGUACAGAGACCUGCGCUCCCUCUACAAAAAGGAUGGUUACUCCCAGUAUCACUUUGUGGGCUCCGCCUCAACGAUAGAAAGAGACAGACAGAGGCCAUACUCCUCCUCACGAACUCCCUCUGUCUCCCCUGUGAGGACGUCACCAAAUAACCGCUCAGCGAGCGCUCCAGCUUCCCCCAGAGAGAUGAUGAGUCUGAAGGAACGCAAGAUGGACUAUGAUUCCACGGCAACCAACGCUGGUUUCCAUAGCAACAAAGGAGAGCACACAUCCCGGAAAGACGGCAUGGCAGUUCAAGUAUCCUGUGGGACAUCUACAUUGUUCCGAAACUCCUACCUGACCGCCAGUGAUGAUAUCAAGCAAAACCAGGCUCCAGCUCAGCCCUGUAUCGUGCCCCCCCAGCCCCAGCAGGACAGCCCAUCAGCAGGGGUGCUAAAAGACUACGACCCCUACCCUCCCCCUCCUUCCUUCCCCCAGCCUCAGCCGCCGCAGCCUCCUCCUCACAGCCAGAGUCGGAGUUUCGAAGAUGUCUAUUAUGAGGACCAGGUACCUCCUCCUCCCCCUUCCCAGCCACAGCCGCAGGUCCAGGCACAGGCCCAGCCCCAGGCCCAACCCCAGCAGCCUCCAACCUCCGGCGGGCCACCUCGAGACCCACGGGAAGACCUGCGCAUGCAUCUGGGCCUCAAAUCAACCGGGAACUACGUAGACUUCUACUCAGCCUCUCGGCCAUACAGCGAACUGAACUACGAGACCAGCCACUACCCGGCCUCGCCUGACUCCUGGGUCUAGUUAGACUAUGAUGAUGGGGGGGGGCGGGGGAGAGUUUGUGUGUGCGUGUGUGACAGGGAUUAUUUUUGCAAGUGAUCCACAGCAGAAAAAAAGUCAAGGUAACAGCAAGUGGCAUGAUGAAAAGGUGGCAGAAAAUUUAAAACAUGGGGGAAGACGGAACUAGAUGUGUUAAGAAGGGAAGUCAGGUCGAGUGAAAAAGAGACUGUGCAUGUGCAUGCCAACAUUUUCCUUUUUUUCCAGACAGCUUUAUUUCUUCAAAGUCAGCUCCAUCGAACUGAUGAGUGGAUUGAGUGGGAGUAGAUAUGAAGAAGUGUGUUUGAAAAGGUGAUGGAGGAGUGGGCAGGGGGAAACGAGCAGGUGGAGAAAGUGCACAGAGACGAGAGAGAUGGGAUCAAGAGGUAAUGUGGGGAGCAGAUGAGAGUGAGCUCUUACUCUGAAGGAGCAGGAAGUGGCCUGACCUUUUGUUGAAGACAAAGAGGAAGAGAGGAGCGACAAGGAUGGCGUGAGGGUCCUUGAGGAGGUCAGGAGGAAUAAAAGCACAGAUAAAGAUGAAAGCACAUGAGGCACAAGGUGAAAAGUGGAUGUUUACCAUUUCACCUAAGUGACAAACGUAGCACUGCUUUUCUCCCUUUCUGCUUUUUUUUUUUUAAUGGCCUUGUUGCCUUUACAUGCUUCUCAAUUUGUUUUCAAGGAAUGUCAUCUUCAAAAUACUUUUUUUGUCACAUUUUCUUCUAUCUUGACAUUUUUUUUAUUUGUACUUUUCCUAGAUUUUCACUUAAAAAUGGCAGUUUUAUUUUUUGUGUACAGUUCAAAGGUUAUAUAGUGUGUAUAUUACACAUUUUUCGAUGGGGCCUCUUAUGAUUUUGUUUUUUUUCAACGGCUUACUCAACUGACUUAAACAACAAAAAGCAACAAAGAUUUAAGAAGUGCAAAGAAACAAGAAACAGAAACAACAGUAAACACAGACAUCAUCAGAGUGGAUGUAUGUGGACACCUUUGUUUCAACCUUUUCCAACCAGAGAGGAAACCCUGCAGUGUUUGUGUUUUUCUCUCUCCAUCAUUGAUUUUUUUUUUUUUUGUGGACACACUUUACCGUCAAGAGCAGUUGAAGGCUGCCUCAGCAACAGAUUGGCAGAGCAGCAUUGUUCCAGAGUCCGUGUAAACAAAAAGUGCUUUUUCACUGCCGAAAGAAUUUAUGUAUAUGUUUAAAGCACAUUCUCAGUCUUUGGAAAGAGAUGGGUUUUUUUUUCCUUUUCCGGGAGCUGAUAUGUUUGACCAUGUCAACUUUAAGUGGUUUCUCAUCUUCGCUUGUGCAUAGAAACUGGUCCAUCUGACAAGAGCCGCCGUGAGUAUUGUACAUCUCAGUGUACAGUAGAAAAAGAAAGUAGAGAGAGACAUGACAUUGUGCCAAACUUUGACACCUCAUGGGCCGGUCCUGUUGGACUCUUAAGGGACAUUCUGUCAAAGUUUACUGACAAUGACGAGAUGACUCCCUCUGCUGUUUGUAACUUUUCAUUUCUUGUGUUUUAAUCAGGUGAAGCCGUACUUUUUGCUGGGGAUAAUGGGUAACAUCUCCCUCCCAUAGAUGUACAGACCUGCCUCUCUGUGUUGGCUGAGUGUGUGUAGGGACACAAGCGUGUGUGUGAGUUUGUGUAAGUGUGCAUGUAUGUGACAGAAUGUAUGGCCUGUGAGUGUACAUGUCAACCUGAGCGAGCGUAUCUAUGCAUGCAUGUGUGUAGUAGUGUGUGUAUGCCUCUUUUGCGUGUAUGUACAGUAUGUGUGCGUUACUGUAUAAAUCAGUGUCCAAACAAGGCAUUCCUACCGACAGUUUGUCCAGUUUUACAACAUGAGCAACCAAGGAUGAAAUCACUAGAAUGAAUUGUUGAUAUAGAAUGACAAAUCUAUGAAUAUAUGAAUAUAAUUAUAUAAAUAUAUAUAUAAUUUUUAUGUGCAGAUGUCAGUGUCACUAAAUGCAACAAAUGUUUGCAGAGAAAAAAAUGAUUAUGUGAUGUGCAACAGGACUCUUGUUCACUUGACCUAAACGUGGAAGCUGCUGAUCAGGCCCCCCCCCCUCCCCUCCCAAUCAAGACAAAAGAGAAACCCCACCUGAAGAUGCUCAGGCUCUGGUGCGAGUUGUGUGUUGUUGUGUGUCCAUGCUUCUUAGAUGACCCUGCUGAGAGAGGACCGUACUUGAACACAAAGAAAAAUAAAAAGACUCUUUGCAAUCAAA